UGUGCACUGUUAUGUUAACUAUUAAAUGCCUUCCACCUAAAUCAAAGGCAUUUAUUGUGUUAGUUUGUGCGACACAAAAUAGCAAAUGGUUUUCCAAUGUUGAGUAAAAGAAUUGAGCUGUUGUUACGCCAUUCAUCGGUCGAUAAUGCUGGCCUACCUUGUACAUGUACAUAGCAUGCAAGGCUGUAAGGUUUAAUGGUAGUUUUGCCGUUCAUGUGUUAACAACGGGGAUUCUUACGUUACAAAAAUGUGGUCAAAGACUUCGGCUAUUAAACCGUCUAAUCAGUGAAGUUUGCAGAUACACGUAGGAAGAUGGCGGAAGCUGCAGCAAAAACUGUGCUGGACAAGAUCAGCCAGGGGCAUCUGGAAUGUCCGAUCUGUUGCUGUCGAUUUAAGGAUCCCAAGAUGCUGGACUGUCUGCACAGCUUCUGCCUGAACUGUCUGGAAGAGAUGAUGAACAAAAAGAAGUCAGAGACAGAGAAGAUAACAUGUCCAGUCUGCAGGAGUGAGACGCAAGUUCCCGAUAAAGGAUUGCUCAAUUUAUCUUCGUCUUUCGUUCUUAGUUCUCUUGUCGAUGAGGUCAAACAACAGGAGACGCUAUUAGGGAAAGUAUCGAGACCCACCGCCACGUGUGACUGCGGAGAUGACCGGAAGGCCACUUGGAGGUGUCUUGACUGUAGUGAUAACCUCUGCCAGAAAUGCCGCGAAGCCCAUGUGAGGGUCAAGUACACCAAGAACCAUCAGAUCAUUUCAUUUGAGGAUUGGCACAAAUCAGUUAUCCCUGGUCCUAAAGCAGAUCAUGUCAAACCUAUCACCCGAAUGUGUACGAACCACACUGACCAGGCGUUGUGUUUCUACUGUGACACGUGCGAUACAUUCAUCUGCAUUGUGUGCGUCGCAAUAGAUCAUCGGUCUGCGGAGCACAGUUACAAAAAGAUUGAUGAUUCUGUUAGGUCCUUCCGUAGACAUGUCGAUGACGCUUUGUUGCAGUUUGAGAAGUGCAAGUUGCGCGUCAAAUCCACAAUCAACUCAAUCAAACAUGCACGGAAUAGAUUGCAAAACAAACUGGCUCAGGCUCGUAGUGAUAUUUCUGCAAAGGCGGAGGCAGAGAUCGCUAAAAUCAGAAACAAAGCGAAGCUUCUCACCGAAAAGGUCGACCAAAUCGGUCAGGAGAGAGACAGUGAGUACAAAAAGGCGCUCAUGCACAACUGUGACCAGGUGAAACGCGCAGAUCAGAUCGUCACGGCCGUAAAUGACUUGAUGAAACAAGCCGAUGAUUUCGAGCUUUUGGAGCUCAAGGCGAAGGUGGCGAACAACUUGGAGUUCCAGAAAGAGCUCAACUUAUGUGAACCGGCAAAGCUGGAUAUGGCGUUCAUCGGAGUCAAAUGUCAAGAUGUCGUGGGAAAUAAGGAUCUUGGGGAAGUCCGUAUCAGCGAGAAAUGGCAGUUGAAGGAAGAGUUCGGCGAGGAAGGCACCGAUGACGAGGAAUUCCAGUUUGCAAGGGGUGUCACAUGUUUCAGCAACGGCGACAUUGUAGUAUGCGACUUUAACCUGGAACGGGUAUCGUUGUUUUCCGCCAAUGGGAGGUAUAAAUUAUCGAUUGCUCAAGGAUCCGAUAGCAAUCAGUUGGAAUCUCCCGCUGCUGUUGCAGUGAACUGUGACGAUAUGCUUUUCGUCGCAGACCAAUCUAAAGUGAAGGUUUUUGACACUGAGCUACAGUUUGUUCGCGAGUUUACGCCUUCGGUUGACGAUGCAGAGGGGCCAUUUGAGAUUGACAUCGAUUGUAUAGCCGUGGACAAGCAACGAGUAGCAGUGGCUGACUUUGAUAGAAAUGUCAUCAGUGUCCACAACCUUGAUGGAUCGUUGAUUGCAAGCACGUCAAACAUCAUGGUUCGGUUUUUCAUAGCAAUGAGCAACAAAGAGCAGCUGAUCUUCACAAACUACGUGGAGAAGAGGUUGCUAUGCGUUGAUUUAAGGGGCAAUGAGGUGUUCAACGUAAUGCCAUUAUUGAAAGGGAAACCAGCGAAACCGACUGGUGUCCUGUGCGAUGAUGAUGGGAGCAUCUAUGUCGCCGUUCACGCUGAGUCUGGUGAGUUCGGAGACGGUGAAGUCCAACAUUACGAUUCAAAUGGUGCAUUCAUAAAAACUGUUCGUCAAGGGUUGGACUUUCCGUUAGGCAUGGCAUUCACCCCCGUUGGUGACAUCGUUGUCGCAGAAAAACACUCCGUCAAGAUCUUUGAGCGGAUGUAAUCUGCAUCAAUAUAUAGACAUGUCCCUCGGGUAACCAAAUACGUUGCCUGAAACCAACGAACAUCUACGAGAUGUGUGGAGCAAUCGUGUAGACCAGAUUAUAAUUGGCAGUUAUAUAACAGAUUUUAAAAACAACCACGGAAUACUUUUGUUUCUGAUCGAGAAAUAAAAUAGACUUUCGUUGAGUCGACUGUAUCGAAUGGGAGACCUGUCAGUGGUCGAGACACUCAUUAAUUCGGCAAAUAUUUUACUAAUGGAUAUUCGAUUGACCUUAUAGUUAUAAACUUCCAAAUAACAAUACGUAAUCGACAAUGUCCGCUGUUAUCUGGAGUAGCUUCUGUAUAUUUUCCAGUUUGCAGAUCAAAUGAUGACAAUUUGUGGAGAGAUCUUCGAUUGUUCUGAGUUAAAGAUGUAUUGCCCGUGCCAUAUUCGAAUUUCCACCCGAAAGACAUACUUUUUUCAAUUGUUUUUUUUUUCAAAUCCUAUUCACUUGGAAUGAGAUAUUGAAGAAAAGCAA